AUAAAACAGAAAUGCAGAGUGUGCAAGGGCUAAUCUGUGGAUUGCAUCAGAUGAAGUAAAAGAUCGUAAACUUGUUUCAACAAUGCACUGAGCCCUCACUUUGACUUCCAAGAACGAUAGUGUAACAUCUCAGCUUCAGUGGGGUCGCUAUGAGACUGGUUCUUCCUAACCCAGGACUGGAAGACAGAAUCCCUUCCUAUGAGGACCUGGACAGGAUGGAGAAGGAGGAAGCCGGGGACAGGCCCAAGUGGGACAACAAAGCCCAGUACAUCCUAACUUGUGUGGGCUUCUGCAUUGGGAUUGGCAAUGUGUGGCGAUUCCCUUAUUUGUGUCAAAGUCAUGGAGGAGGUGCGUUUUUGAUUCCCUACGUGAUCCUGCUGGUGCUGGAAGGAAUGCCUCUCCUGCUGCUGGAGUUUGCCAUCGGCCAGCGUCUCAGGAAAGGCAGCGUGGGAGUGUGGAGGGCCAUCAGCCCUUAUCUGACUGGUGUUGGUGUAGCCUCCAUGCUGGUGUCCUUAUUGAUUGGACUGUACUACAACACCUUAAUAGCCUGGAUCUUGUGGUAUCUCUUCAAUUCCUUUCAAAGCCCACUGCCUUGGGCUCAGUGUCCUCUCAAUGACAAUGGGACAGGAUUUGUACCAGAGUGUCAACGAAGCUCCGCUGUGGAUUACUAUUUCUACCGAGUGACUCUUAAUAGUUCAGCUUCCAUUGUGGACUCUGGAGGAAUCCACUGGCCCAUUGUACUCUGCCUGCUAGCUGCCUGGACAGUCAUGUGUGUCUGCUACAUACGGGGGAUCGGCACUUCAGGCAAGGCAGUGUAUGUCACCGCCAUCCUGCCUUAUAUAGUGCUGGCCAUCUUCCUGAUCCGAGGACUGACUCUUAAAGGUGCCCUGAGUGGAAUAAAGUUCCUCUUCACACCAGAUGUUGAUGAGUUGAUGAAACCAACUACUUGGCUGGAUGCAGGUGCCCAGGUCUUUUAUGCCUUUAGCUUAGCUUGGGGAGGCCUCAUCUCCUUCUCAAGCUACAACCCUGUUCACAACAACUGCAUGCAAGAUGCUGUGAUCCUGUCGGCCAUAACUGGCCUCACCUCAAUCUAUGCUGCCACAGUCACCUACACCAUCAUCGGCUUCAGGGCCACAGAGAAAUAUGACAGCUGUAUCAGUGAUAACAUCAUGACAUUAUUAAAUGCAUUUGAACUUCCUGAAGACAGCAUCUCUACAAGCAACUACGACGCAGCCUUUAACCAUCUCAACAGCUCCUCUCCUGAUAUUAUUCUCGCAUUGGACAUCAAAAUCUGUGACCUGCAGACACUUCUCAGUGAGGGAGUGGAGGGAACAGGUCUGGCCUUUAUUGUGUUCACAGAAGCCAUUACCCAGAUGCCUGGUUCUCCAGCCUGGUCUGUCCUCUUUUUCAUCAUGCUUCUGUGCUUGGGAAUCUCAACCCUGUUUGGCAACAUUGAAGGAGUGGUGGUCCCACUGAAAGACCUGAAUAUGUUACCUCAAAAAUGGCCCCAAGAAGCACUGACUGGAGUAACGUGUGCUGUUGCCUUUGUCAUCUCCCUCCUGUUCGCGCAGCAUUCAGGGAUUUAUUGGGUAACUCUCUUCGACAACUUUGCUGGAUCUGUUCCACUUCUGACCAUUGGUUUCUUUGAGAUGAUAGCUGUUGUAUACAUCUACGGCAUAGACAGGUUCAAUGAGGACUUGGAGUUCAUGGUCGGAUAUAAGCCUUCCAUCUUCUGGCAGGUUACAUGGAGGUUCAUCAGUCCUCUAAUCGUUCUGGUUAUUUUAGUUUUCUACCUGGUGACACAAGUCCAAGAAGAGCUCACCUACUUAGUCUGGGAUCCCAACUCUGAGGAGUUCCCAACUCUGGCAUCAGUACCGUACCCUUCAUGGAUCAAUGCGCUCAUCUUUCUUCUGGCGGGAGUCCCCAGUCUGGCGGUACCUGUGUAUGCAUUAUGUAGGCUGGUCUUCAUUUGCUGCAGAAACAAAUAAAAUCCAGUGAAAGAAUGAGCCAAAAUUCUAAUAUAAUAGCUUAUAAAGUCAUACAUUUCAG